UGACAGAGACCUGGGGUUUCCUUCGAUGCGACUGUAGACUUCACAGCGUUAAUAGAGGAAUGACGGGUAAUCAGACGCCCUGGUGUGCUGGGCUGACACUUGGGGGACAGUGGCCACUGCUCUUGUGAUUGUGGAACAGAGACGGCUGCAGGAAGUACCCAGUUCAAUUGGAGAAUUAAAACGACACCUACACAGAGCCAUUCUUUGACUUUUCUUCUUCAGAACUCAUGUUUUCACAUCUUUCCUUUGACUGUGUCCUGCUGUUGCUGCUACUACUUACAAGGUUUUUGGAAGGGGAAUACACAGCUGAGGUGGGUCAGAAUGCUUAUCUGCCCUGCACCUACUCUCCACCCACCUCUGAGGAUCUCGUGCCUGUGUGCUGGGGCAAGGCAUCCUGUCCUGUGUUUGAAUGUCACAGUCUGGUGGUCAGCACCGACGGAAGGAACUUGAAAUAUCAGAUAUCCAGCAGAUAUCAGCUAAAGGGGCAUUUAUACAAAGGAGACGUGUCCUUGAUCAUAGAGAAUGUGACUUUAGCUGACAGUGGGACCUAUUGCUGUCGGAUCCAAUUCCCAGGCCCAAUGAAUGAUAAAAAAUCAAACCUGGAGUUGGUCAUCAAACCAGCCAAGGUCACCACUGCUCGGAGUCCCUGGAGAGACUUCACUGCAGCCUUUCCAAGGAUGCUCACCACCAAGGGACAUGGCUCAGAGACACAGACACUGGAGACCUGCCAUGAUAAAAAUCAAACACAAAUACCCACAUUGGCUAAUGAGUUACAAGACUCCGGCGCCACCACCAGAAUGGGCGUCUACAUCGGAGCAGGGGUCUCUGCUGGGCUGGCUCUGGCUCUUAUCUUUGGUGCUUUAAUUCUCAAAUGGUAUUCUCAUAGCAAAGAGAAUUUACAGAAUUCAAGCCUCAUCACUUUGGGCAACCCCUCUCCCUUAGAGUUAGAAAAUACAGUAGCAGAGGGGAUGCGCUCGGAGGAAAACAUCUAUACCAUUGAGGAGAACGUAUAUGAAAUGGAGGAUCCGUAUGAGUAUUACUGCUACGUUGACAGUGAGCAGCAAUCCUGACAACCUCUGAGUUGUCACCUUUCAACGCCAUCAGAUCCAACUACUUCAUUUUUGAGCUUGGUCUUGUCUUUGAAAACUAUGAAAUAUGUCAGCUGACUUGUUUUAGAGGCUCUAUCCAUGGCCAUCAAGCAGAGUUUUUCCAUUUUCUGAAGAUAAUUAACUCACAUGGGGAUUGAACUGUGACCUGUACUCUACUUAGGCACAUUACUUCUGUAUUCCAGCCGAUGGGCUACCCAACUCAGAGAAUGCUAAUCAAGGCGUUAGAGCUCAAAUGGGCUUUUACACAGAGUAAGAAUUCUUAAUAUGGGAUCUCGGAAAUUCAAUCUUAUCAUGUGUCCAUGAAGUUCCUGAAAAUAUAGGAAAAAUUAUGUGCUGAAAUGUAUGUAAAUGUCUUUUUUGGCACAGAAAGUACAAAGGAGUCACUGAUCUUCAAAGAGAUGUGUGACCCACAAAAGGAUAAGAAACUACUGGAGUAGGACUAGAUGGUCUUGAACGUUCUCUCUGAGUCUCAUGGUUUAUAUGUCUUUGAAUGUUGAUUCUCCAACAGUAAGUGCCACUGCACAGCUCUCCCUUGUCAGUUAAGAAGACUGCCCAGCAAGGCCUGUGUUGCGGCAGGAGCUCCGGGAGAAAAAGGAAGUGUACUUGGUGUGUUUUGCCAAGUUUUGCUUGGGGUGCACUCAAAGGGAAAUAUCUCUAACCAACUUCUCCAUUCAUGGAGAGAACUGGAGCUGUGUUUUUCACAGAGGAGGAAGCAGUAACUGGGAUGCAGAUUUUGUUUCCUGGUGGAAAGAAGGCAAAUGGCUCCAGUAAUCUGUAUUUGUCAGUGUCAGAUCCCUUAAUGGAGAGAGAAUAGUCCCUAAGCUUCAAUAUCAAGAUGGUGGCAACUAGGUCUACCUUGCUUAUUUUUUGCCUUUCUAGUGCCUUACACAGCUCUGACACAUAGCAGAAAUUUACUAAAUAGCUUUGGAUUGAAAAAAAUUAAAUAAGCAGAAAGAUAGCUUUUUGGAAAGAUUUUUCCAUUGGAGAUCUCAGACAGAGCUCUGUAACUUCACUUCUUGGAGAACUCACAAACACCCUUACACUCCCAUAUGUGCUCUUAUCUAGGCCAAAGUGGCCUUUGUUUCUCAGCAUCAUCUCCCAGCUCAGGCCCUUGGAAGUCUGUUACUCUCUUGUCUCUUCCUCCCUUUGUGCUGAGCCCUCUGCAGCACGUGAAGAAUCAAUCAAGAAUAUGGGCUGUUGCUGCCUGAAAACUACUCCUCCCCAUGUGAUGACUAAAGUGCUACUGUGCCACAUGCAGAAGAUGUUGUUCACCAAAGAUGCAGGCAGCCUGUUUGUUUGUUUCUAGAAGUCUUUCCGGCAAUCUUGUUGUGUGAAUUACAGUGUUUGGGCUGCAUCUAGACAGUUUUGGGAAGCACUGGCUUUCUACAGGGUGAUAUGUAAGGGAGAUCAUUUUGCAAAAUUAUAGGAAGUGGCUCUCAUACAAGCUGAAAAAUUAAUCAUAAGCGUUUUAAAGUAAUGAAAUUCUAGAGGGAAGGGACUUCAGAACACAUUCGGACCAGAUCAGAGGUUCGCUCCCAAAAGAGAUUUUUAUCCCACAAAAAUCUUUAUACAAGGGUAUAUAUACAAGAAUGAUCAUUGCCACGGUGUUUGUAAGAGACUUCUUCCAUCAAUAGUGAAAUAGUUGAUUAUUGUCGUGUGUCAACAGACUGGCGCAGUUAAAAAGAAUUAAGUGGUUUCAUCACUGAGCUGUUUUGCUAAUUCAGAAGUAUUUAUUAAGUGCUCACUAUGUGCCAGGUACUCUGGUGUUGAGAUGAUAGAGAGAUACCAAAUAGACACAUCCUUGACCCCAUAGAGCUUCUAGUUGAUCUGAUGGGAAGGAGGAUUCAUUCCCUUCAUUCAAUGAGUGAACAUUUAUGGGCACCAGCUUUGUGCCAGAAACUGUUCUGGUCCCUAGAAGUAUAGCGAUGGAAGAAGCAGACAUAAUCUCUGCUUUCACAGAGCUUACAUUACCUGUCAGAGGAGAAUGCUAUA